AUGUCCGUCUAUUCGACUCUGCGCAACGCGCUAUUCUUCCUCAUUCUUCCUACGCGACUGGUGAUAUGGUGGCUUUACUUCAUACCUAAGUCCAACCGUCAGAACCCCGCAUGGUCAUGGAAAACAUCGGUUUCUGUGCAGGCUGCUAGAUCGUUUAUACGACAUCAUACGGCUAUUCGCUAUCGCACCCCCAAGUCAUUAGAGCCAGGCCCAGAUGGAGACAGAUUCAUUAUCCUUAAUCCGCAAAAUACCCUUUCUAACACAGACUCACCGGUCUAUAAAGGGAUACUCAACUCCGUCCCAGACAUCAAACCAGUACCAACUGGUGCUGUCUGGUACCCGGCUGCUCCGGUCCAACCCCCCAAAAAGUUGGUUAUUCAUUUCCACCCGAGUGCCUUCGUAAUUUUGGGUGCUCGACCCAGCGACGAUACCGCACACGGCUGGGGCCUUGACCAUUUCAGUGAACUAUCCGGAUGGCCAGUUCUGUCAAUCCAAUAUCGACUCUCCCUAGAUGCGGACAAGACUUUCCCCGCAGCUCUUCAAGAUGCAUUUACCGCGUAUGCCUAUGCGCUGGGAACGUUGAAGAUUCAUCCAUCUCAUAUUGUGCUUGCGGGCGAGUCAGCGGGGGGAAAUCUCGUUCUUGCCAUGCUGCGAUACAUUCUCACAGACAAUCAAGCAUUGCCUUUACCUCGUUCGGCACUUUUGCUCUCACCGUGGGUUGAUUUAACUGAUGAGGGUAUGAAUAAAACGAAGAUGCACCAAAAUGCAAGAGUCGAUUAUAUUGGAUAUGACUUGGGUCAUUGGGGUGCAACUAGUUAUAUUCCUCCUGGCUGGGAAGAAACCAGCCCCUAUUUCACUCCGCUUGGAAGCGAGUAUAAAUUGAGUGUGCCUCUUUUCGUUCACGUCGGUACGUCAGAGGUCCUUUAUGAUGAUAUUAUGCAGUUUGCGCGAAAUAUGAAGGAGAAGGGUACCGAUGUCGAAUUGCACGAAGCUCCUAAUGCUCCUCAUGCUAUCUUUUCGGCGGGAAAGGGCCUUGGAAUGGAGGAUGUUGCUAUUGAUGGUCAUGCGCGGGCAACAAGAUUUAUUGAGAGGACAGGACCCACCAGUGAGAGUGAGGUCGCUGGUCUGCGUUGA